AUGACGUCCAACUUCAAAUGCAUCCCCGUCAUCGACCUAUCCCUUGCCAAAUCGCCUUUGACCCGCCCCAAGCUUCUCCAAGAGCUCCACCAUGCCCUCACCUGUGUUGGAUUCCUGUAUAUCACAAAUCACGAUGUCCCCCAAGACACAAUCUCGGACCUCAAACAUGCCCUCCCCACACUCUUCGCCCUCGAUCCAACUGCAACUGAAAAAGAAGAGGUGGCUUUACACAACUCACCCCAAUUUCUGGGAUACAGCCAAGUAGGCUCAGAAACAACAGCCGGAGUCGCAGAUAAACGUGAGCAGUUUGAGUUUGCAACCGAGCUCCCAGACUUAUGGCGCGCGGGUCUUCCUCUGUAUGAAAGGUUGAAGGGGCCGAACCAGUGGCCGUCACACGAUCCCUCUCUUCGAAGCGUCAUUGAGAAAUAUAUCCGUGAACUAACAAGUCUCGGUGAGCGGUUCUUGCGCCUGGUAGCCGAAGCACUCUCUUUGGACCCCGAGACUUUAUUUUCAUUCCUCUCGGAACAGCACCGUCUCAAGCUAGUCCAUUACCCUGCCUCGGAUCCUAGUUCAGACCCCAACAUUCAAGGUGUGGGUCCUCACAAAGAUUCAUCUGGAUGGUGGACAUUUCUUCUUCAAGCAUCACCACCAACCGUAAAGGGCUUACAGGCUCUUAACAAGACAGGUGAAUGGAUCGACAUUCCAGUGAUUGAAGAUACAUUCGUUGUGAAUAUCGGGCAGGCGUUCGAGGUGGUUACUCAUGGUGUGUGUAAGGCGACGACGCACCGUGUUUUGUCAGGUCCGUCGGAGAGAUAUAGUGUGCCCUUUUUUCAGGGUGUUCGGGGUAGUUUGACCAAAGGGGAGGCGCUUGAGACUCUCAGGGAACAUUUUGCGACGCAAACGAUGGCCCUUGAGGCGUCGGAGGGUGCGAAUAUUGACUCGGCCUUUUUGGGCGGCAAGUAUGAUACUUGGGGCGAGUCGCAAUUGCGCACAAAGAUUCGGAGUCAUCGUGAUGUAGGGCGGAUGUUUUAUGCAGAUGUGUUUCAUGAUUAUGUCAAUGACGAUAGUUGA